UGGUGCUAGGAAAGCCUAUAAUCACGUCUCUCCAAACAAAAGGGUAACAUUAACUCUCCCUAACACCUUCUGAUAAUCUCUCUCUCCCUCUAGAACUACAAACAUCUCUCUAUCUACCUCUAGAGUUUUUUUUCUAGGAUUUUCAAUUUCGUUGAACUCCGACCGGUAAAUCCACUCACCUGCUUCGAUUACAGAUCGUUAACCUUAACGCCGGCGUAGGUUAGAUUUCCCGGCAACACUGAAAUUCGUCAAAACCCCACGCUGAACGACAACGUUUGGCUCUCACCCCCGCCCCGCCGCCGGCCGAUCCUGUUGCCGGAACGUUAGUUUUUGAAGUGCGCGCGGUUAUAGUUUAUAAACCUGUGCACUACUGAACCUCUGUCUGACCUGAUGAUUUAGAUUUGUGCCUUUCUUCUUCCAUAUACACGGAGCGGUUUUGGAGGGAAGAUAAAGGCAUAAAAAGUUAGUCCUACUUACCAUUCAAAGCACUUGCCUCACUUGGUGACCGGAGAGACACUGAAGCUUCUAUGUAAUUUUUGAUAUGGCCUUCCACAGAAAUUUUUCUAAUGAAACAGUUGAAUUUGAGGAGAGUAUACAGGGACAAGAGCUCAGAGAUCAUGGAAUUGCCCGAAAUGAGGAGGGGGAGGGUACUUCAAGCGACAAUGAUAAUACCAGUAGGUUGCAAGAUUGUGUUUCUGAAGAUGUACAAAGGAUAGGAGCUGGACAACCAUCUACAAGAAAGGUAGAUGUAGCUGGACAGUGGGGCUCGAGCUAUUGGAAGGAUUCUCAACAUAUGCAAAGCAGUGGCAAGCCCGAGUCAAGAGAUGAGUCAAAAAGCGGUUCAGAUUACAAAAAUGAAGAUGAAUCUGAAGAUGAGUCAUUUGAUGGUAUGGAAGAUAAAUUGGAUUUGGAAGACUAUAGUCAACAGAAUGAUACAGGGAAGGAUACAAGUGUUCCUGCUGAUGAUAUGUUGUCGGAUGAGUACUAUGAACAGGACGGUCAUGAUCAGAGUGACCCAUUACAUCACCGUGGGACAAAUAAUUCCAGUAGAAAUACCACCAAGCAUCCUGCUAGGCCCACUGCUAACAGCAAUUUUACAUCAAGAAAGCAAAAAGAUAAAAAAUCUAGCAAGUAUGACGAUGAUGCUGAUUAUGGCGAGGAGGAAGAUGAGGAAGAUGUAGAUGAUCCUGAUGAUGUGGAUUUUGAUCCUGACUAUGGAACUACGAGGGAUCACAAAGGAACAAAGGAGAAGGAUGAAGACUGGGAGGGAGAAGAUUCUGAUGAACAGAAUAAUAGUGAAGAUGCAGAUGAUCUGGAUAUCUUAGAUGAAGCUGAUAUCUAUUUUAAAAAAGCAAGGGGGAAACAACAAAUAAGGGGUGGCCGUACUGCAAAAUCUACCAGGGAGUUCAAAUAUGUUCCACCUUCUGCACGACGUAAAAGAGGUAGAACAUCGUUCGAAGAUGAAGGAUCUUCUGAACCAGAUUCUGAGGGUGAUAGUGAUGAAUGUUUUGGGCGCAUCUCUAGAAGAGGUGGAAAUGUGCACAAGAAGAAUGGUGGUCGAUCCUUGACUGCUAGUGUUUCCCGUAGGACCAAUGAACAGCGAACAUCAGGGCGACGAUCGGUCCGAAAAGUAUCUUAUGCUGAGAGCGAAGAAAGUGAAGAACUUGAUGAAAUUAAAAAGAAGGGCCAAAAGGAGGAGAUUGAAGAGGAAGAUACUGAUUCAAUUGAAAAGGUAUUGUGGCAUCAACCGAAGGGCAUGGCGGAAGAAGCUAGGAGGAGUAAUAAAUCAACUCAACCUAUGUUGUUAAGCCACUUGUUUGAUUGUGAACCUGAUUGGAACGAAAUGGAGUUUUUGAUAAAAUGGAAAGGCCAGUCACACUUGCAUUGUCAGUGGAAGCCAUUUUCUGAGCUACAGAAUCUUAGUGGGUUCAAAAAGGUUCUGAAUUACAUAAAAAGAGUGACUGAGGAUGUGAGGCAUCGAAAAACAGUAUCACGUGAGGAGAUUGAGGUUAAUGACGUGAGCAAGGAAAUGGACUUGGACAUUAUCAAGCAAAAUAGUCAGGUUGAGAGGGUCAUUGCAGAUCGAAUUGGCAAAGACAAUUUAGAUAAUGUGGUGCCAGAGUAUUUAAUCAAGUGGCAAGGGCUUUCUUAUGCGGAAGCAACUUGGGAGAAGGACACUGAUAUUGCAUUCGCUCAGGAGGCAAUUGAUGAAUACAAGGCUCGUGAGGCUGCAAUGAUGAUUCAAGGGAAAACUGUAGAUUUCCAGCGGAGAAAGAGCAAAGGUAGUUUGAGAAAACUUGAUGAACAGCCUGAGUGGUUGAAGGGGGGAAAGCUUAGAGAUUAUCAGCUUGAAGGUUUGAAUUUUCUUGUUAACAGCUGGAGAAAUGAUACUAAUGUCAUAUUAGCUGAUGAAAUGGGUCUUGGUAAAACUGUUCAGUCGGUUUCAAUGCUUGGUUUUCUGCAGAACGCUCAGCAAAUUUAUGGGCCAUUUCUUGUUGUUGUACCAUUAUCAACUUUAUCCAAUUGGGCAAAAGAAUUCAAAAAAUGGUUACCUAAUAUGAAUGUUAUUGUAUAUGUUGGAACUCGGGCAAGCCGUGAGGUCUGCCAGCAGUUUGAGUUCUACAAUGAGAAGAAGGCUGGCAGGAACAUAAGAUUUGAUGCUCUUUUAACUACGUAUGAAGUUCUGUUGAAGGACAAAGCAGUUUUGUCAAAAAUAAGGUGGAACUAUUUUAUGGUUGAUGAAGCCCAUAGGUUAAAAAACAGUGAGGCUUCUCUGUAUACGACACUACUGGAGUUUAGCACAAAAAAUAAGCUGCUGAUUACUGGUACUCCUUUGCAAAAUAGCGUGGAGGAACUAUGGGCGUUGCUUCACUUUCUUGAUCGGGAUAAGUUCAAGAGCAAGGAUGACUUUAUUCAAAAUUACAAGAAUCUUAGUUCCUUCAAUGAAAAUGAGCUUGCUAAUCUUCACAAGGAAUUGAGGCCUCACAUUCUUCGAAGAGUCAUCAAGGAUGUUGAGAAGUCUUUGCCUCCAAAGAUUGAAAGAAUUCUUAGGGUUGAGAUGUCACCGCUGCAGAAACAGUACUAUAAGUGGAUCUUAGAGCGCAACUUCCAUGAUUUGAAUAAAGGAGUGCGUGGCAAUCAGGUUUCACUUUUGAACAUUGUGGUCGAAUUGAAGAAGUGCUGCAACCAUCCCUUUCUAUUUGAAAGUGCAGACCAUGGUUAUGGCGGGGAUGCCAACUUUUUUGGUAGCACUAAACUGGAAAGAGUAAUCCUAAGCAGUGGGAAGCUAGUUAUACUUGACAAAUUACUGGACAGAUUACAUGAAACAAAUCACCGUGUACUCAUAUUUUCUCAGAUGGUUAGGAUGCUGGAUAUUUUGGCAGAGUACCUGUCUCUCAAAGGUUUCCAAUUUCAGAGACUUGAUGGUAGUACAAAGGCAGAGUUACGUCAUCAGGCUAUGGACCAUUUUAAUGCUCCUGGAAGUGAAGAUUUUUGUUUUCUUCUUUCAACUCGUGCUGGUGGCUUGGGUAUAAAUCUUGCAACAGCAGAUACAGUUAUUAUCUUUGAUUCUGACUGGAAUCCUCAAAAUGAUUUACAGGCAAUGAGCAGAGCUCACAGGAUAGGGCAGCAAGAAGUUGUCAACAUCUACCGAUUUGUUACGAGCAAAAGUGUGGAGGAAGAUAUUUUGGAGCGUGCCAAAAAGAAGAUGGUUCUUGAUCAUCUGGUGAUUCAAAAAUUGAAUGCUGAAGGUAGAUUGGAGAAAAAGGAAUCCAAGAAAGGAACUGUCUUUGAUAAAAAUGAGCUCUCCGCAAUUUUAAGGUUUGGGGCUGAAGAACUCUUUAAGGAGGACAGAAAUGAUGAGGAGAACAAGAAGAGGCUUCUGAGUAUGGAUAUCGAUGAAAUUCUGGAACGGGCAGAGAAGGUUGAAGAAAAGGUAGCAGAUGAGGAGCAGCAAGGAAAUGAGUUGCUCGGUGCUUUUAAGGUUGCCAAUUUCUGCGGCGCUGAAGAUGAUUCUACAUUUUGGAGUCGGUGGAUUAAGCCUGACGCCAUUGCUGAAGCUGAGGAUGCAUUGGUUCCUCGAGCUGCUCGAAAUAUCAAGAGUUAUGCCGAAACUAAUCCUAUGGUGGAAACAAAUAAGAGGAAGAAAAGGGGUGCUGAGGCACAGGAGAGACUACCGAAGCGUCGUAAGGCAGAUUCUUUUCACUCGGCUCCGGCAAUUGAGGGCGCUUCUGCUCAAGUUAGAGGGUGGUCUUAUGGGAACUUGUCAAAGAGGGAUGCCACACGUUUUUCUCGUGCGGUCAAGAAAUUUGGUAAUGAUAGUCAAAUUAGCUUGAUAGGGGCCGAAGUUGGUGGGGCUGUUGAAGCAGCUCCAAGUGAUGCUCAGAUAGAGCUUUUUGAUGCUCUCAUUGAUGGCAGUAGGGAGGCAGUAAAAGGAGAAAUUAUGGAUCCAAAGGGGCCUAUGUUAGACUUUUUUGGCAUCCCUGUCAAAGCUGAUGAACUUCUAAGCCGUGUUGAAGAGCUUCAACUUCUUGCAAAGCGCAUUAGUCGGUAUGGAGAUCCCAUCUCACAAUUUCGAGCACUAGCUUAUCUUAAACCUGCUACUUGGUCUAAGGGGUGUGGCUGGAACCAGAAGGAUGAUGCGAGGUUGCUUUUGGGAAUUCAUUAUCAUGGGUUUGGAAACUGGGAGAAGAUACGGUUGGAUGAGAAGCUUGGCCUUAUGAAAAAGAUUGCUCCUGCUGAACUUCAACAUCAUGAGACAUUCUUGCCCAGAGCUCCUCAGCUCAAGGAACGAGCUUCUCAACUUCUGGAGAUGGAAGUUGCUGCAGUUGGUGGGAAGAAUCCUACUGUCAAAGCGGGACGCAAGGGUAACAAGAAGCAAAAGGACUGUGGUCCCAAUACCACUACUGUUCCUCCUCUUCACUCAAAGGCCAAAUACGGGAAACCAGGCACCAAGGUUUCAGCUCAGAAGCCCCAGAAGGCUGAACCUUUAGUUAAAGAGGAAGGUGAAAUGUCCGAUGAUGAAGAAGUGUACAAACAGUUUAAGGAGGGAAAAUGGAUGGAAUGGUGUGAGGAUGUGAUGGUUCAUGAGGAGAAGACACUUAAGCGUCUUCAGAGACUGCAGACCACCAGUGCAGAUCUUCCGAAGGAGAAGGUUCUAUCAAAGAUUCGGAAUUAUUUAGAGCUUCUCGGGCGAAGAAUUGAUCAAAUAGUUUAUGAAUAUGCACAGGACACAUAUAAACAAGAAAGGAUGACAACGCGAUUAUGGAAUUACGUGUCAACAUUUUCAAAUUUAUCCGGUGAGAAACUUCAGCAGAUAUAUACCAAGCUCAAACAGGAGCAACAAGUAGCAGGAGUUGGACCUUCACAAAUGAACGGCUCUGCAUCAUCUGGGUUCCUGAAUAAGGGGUUUGACACGGAGAAAUUUGAGGCUUGGAAGAGGAGGAAAAGGGCAGAAAGUAAUGGUGUUCGCAUACCUGAACCAAACUCAUCUUCUGGGAUUUUAGGUGCCCCCCCUUCUGAUAAUAAUAACAAGCUGUUCAACAAUAAUGGUAGUAGGCCACCUUUCAAAAUUAAUCAGUCCAGCUUCCCACAAAGACAAGGUUUCUCAUCUAGCAUCAAAUAAGCGUUUUUAUUAGCAAUCAUGAAUGAUCCCCCUCCAUCAUCAAAGGGGGAAAACAGUCUUGUUUGGACUUGAAUGCUCGCCAGAGUUAUGUUGGCUGUUGGAACACAAUUUUUUGCAUAUUACUUGGCCAAGAUUUCCUCCCUUAUGAAGCUGUGCCAUGAAAAAGUGGCGGGGUUGUUUCAUCAUCAAAGAUGCAAGUGGGAAACUGGGAAUAUGAAAAAGCCCUAUGAUGUCUUGGUGAGAUAGUGAAUGAAAUUUCAUCGACAUAAAAGCUGCUGUUUGUUCAUCAUAGAUAUAUAUGGAAAUCACUAAUUUUUCGUAUAUAGUUGUUAGGCAAUGGGAAAGAUCCUGUAUGUGUUAUGCCUGCACGAACUGUAUAUCAUGCAAUUUUGUUUAUUAAUGUUGAGACAUUCUUUCCCAUUCAUCAUCAUCUCUAAUUAAUGGUUUUAGUUUUUGUCAUAUACUUUGCUUUUCGAGAUACAGAUCGGUUCUGUCUAGUGAUA